AUGGUGGACAGGCACAAGGAGGCUGAGAAGCUGUACCAGGAGGCCGUCAAGCUCACCACCCCCUCGCUGCUCAGCUUCCGCAUGAGGGGCGAGUGGGAGCGGGCCACCCCGCUGUGGGAGCGGGCCGCCAUGCUGUUCAAGCAAUGCGGCGACGUGAACCGCGCCAAGGACUGCUACGAGCACGCGGCGACGGGGCAGGAGCGGCAGAAGAGCGGGUGGCAUGCGGCCAAGAACAUGGAGAAGGCUGGGGAGGCGGCCAAGGAGCUGGGCAUGUGGGCUGACGUGGAGGCGCACUACUCCCGCGCCGCGCAGCUGUACGCUGAGGAGGGGCGGCCCUCGGCGGCGGCAGAGGCGGCGGCUCGGGGCGCGCGGGCGCUGGAGGAGCGGCAGCCAGAGAUGUCCCAAGAGAUGUAUCGCAAGGCGGUGGAGUGGCUGGAGGAUGCGGGCAAGGAUGCGAUGGCGGGAGACAUCUUCAGGCAGGCGGUGGCGCAGCUGGUGCGGGCGGGCAAGUGGGCGGACGCAGUGGGCAUGCUGCUGCGGUUUGCGGUGGCGUGCGACGGCAUGGGCGCGCGCAACAGCGAGUGCAAGGCAUACCUGGGCGCGGUGGUGGAUGCGCUGGGUGUGGACAACUUCAUGAGCAGCGACGAGGCGUUUGCGGCAGAUGCGCUGUUUGAUGCCUACCGCAGGCAAGGGCAGCGGCAGCAGGAGCGCGGCGACCCCGCGGCGAUCCAGGCGGCGGUGGCGCGGCUGGCACGCAAGCUGCCGCAGGGUGACCUGGCGGUGCAGGCGGUGCAGCUCGGCGGCAGCGGCGGCGGCGCGGGCGUGGCGAUCGAUGAGGAGGGGGAGGAGGAUCUCACUUAG